AGAGUCCGGGGGUGGCGGGCGAACCGUUGGGUGGGGAACCUGGUUGCCCCCCCCCCCUUGCAAGCAAAAGGGCGGCCAAGGAGGGGCAGGCGGGGGAGCAACUGCCCCCCACAAUAAAAAAAUAACUGAAGUUCUCUACCCCCCCACCUAUAAAGCCUGCCCCACACCAAAACCAAAAUCCUGGUUGCCCCCCUUGCAAGCAAAAGUGCGGCCAAGGAGAGGUGGGCGGCCAGGGGGGAGCAACUGCCCCCACAAUAAAAAAAAAACUUAACGGGUUUCCCCCUCCCAUAAAGCUUGCCCCACACCAAAACAAAAAUCCCGGCUACGCCCAUGAAAAGGGCACCAUUUUGCUUUGCCCUCAUCCCCCGGGUUUUGCAUUGCCUUGCAAGUGGAUUUAAGGGUUGCAAGCUGAGCAGCCCCCUUCCACGCAAGACUUGGGAGUGGACCCAUUGAAGUCAGUGGACCUGCUCUCUAAAGCAGCGACUAGGUCUGGGCUACGACACCGCCACCCUUGAGGGGGGAAAGCCGAUGAAAGAAUUAUUUCAGUCAGAGUUCAGCUCGGUCUCCAGAAAAGAGCAUGGUCUGAGGCGCAGGGGCAGCAGCCCAAACAGCUCUUUCUGCUCUGGGUGAGGAGGAGGAGCGUCUUUGCAAACGCUUUGGAGUAACUUCACAGGCAGCCCUAUCGUUUGGAGGUAUGUCGCCUUUGGAGGAGCGGCUGCAGCGACCUUUGCGCUGCAAUUAUUAUUUCACCCCACCGCCCUCUUUGCUCUCGCCUCCAGUGUAGCAACAAGUCAGCGAACCGGUUCGAGGCCGCGACUCCGCAGUUGGAGAGGAGCCUCUGCAAAAUGGCAAGUGAGCCCGAUACCACCGAAGUGAGGAAGCCGCACAGAUUUGACCAGGGAGCCUUGGAGAGAUACCUGUGCCGGCACCUGCCGGGCUUCCCGCAGCACCCACCCGAAGCGCUGAGGGUCAGGCAGUACAGGUAAGGAUGGCAGCUUCGCGGAGCAAUGGUGCUCGGAAAUCAGGGCACUGAAUUCAACGAGAUUCCUGCAUUGCAGGGGGUUGGGCUAGAUGACCCUCGGGGUCCCUUCCAAGUCUACAAUUCUAUGAUCCACCCCCCACCCCGGCACAAGAAUCGUGGGAACCGUAGUAAUGGGCAGGACUUUUUUUCAGCCAGAACUCUCUUCAACUCCGGAUCCCUCUCAGGUGGGCGCCAUUGCCAUUAAAAGAGAAUAAGGAAGGUGUUUACGCUGAGUUCUCAAAUUUCAUUCGUGCCCUGUGCAAUGCUAAAAUUUGGCACCCUGGGCCUAUUGCGCUCCAUUCUAAAGCGUAAUUGCUGCGUCCCCGGUGACAGCCCCCAAGACUCUGCAGUGCACCCAAUGACCAGACCGGUUGCCGUCCCCUAAACCCACCUCUGCCCCCAGGAUUCCUUGGGAAAUAAAUUGUGCUUUUAAGUUCACGUGUGUAAACGCUUUGGUAAACGCUGAUAGCGCUGCAGCCUUAGGACUCUUAAAUCAGUGUGUGGAGAGAGAUGGAAAGGAGUGCGUUAAGCUGCAAACAUUUCACUGAAAUCUGAUAGGAUAAGAUUGGUUUCCUUUCUCCUGCACAUUCUUCCUUAUCCCCUGAGGUACCCUAUACAGUGGUACCUCGGGUUACAUACGCUUCAGGUUACAGACUCUGCUAACCCAGAAAUAUUACCUCGGGUUAAGAACUUUGCUUCAGGAUGAGAACAGAAAUUGGGCAGCAGCGGGAGGCCCCAUUAGCUAAAGUGGUGCUUCAGGUUAAGAACAGUUUCAGGUUAAGAACGGACCUCCGGAACGAAUUAAGUACGUAACCAGAGGUUGUUGUUGUUUAGUCGUUUAGUCGUGUCCGACUCUUCGUUACCCCAUGGACCAGAGCACGCCAGGCACUCCUGUCUUCCACUGCCUCCCACAGUUUGGUCAAACUCAUGCUGGUAGCUUUGAGAACACUGUCCAACCAUCUCGUCCUCCGUCGUCCCCUUCUCCUUGUGCCCUCCAUCUUUCCCAACAUCAGGGUCUUUUCCAGGGAGUCUUCUCUUCUCAUGAGGUGGCCAAAGUAUUGGAGCCUCAGCUUCACGACCUGUCCUUCCAGUGAGCACUCAGGGCUGAUUUCCUUAAGAAUGGAGAGGUUUGUUCUUCUUGCAGUCCAUGGGACUCUCAAGAGUCUCCUCCAGCACCAUAAUUCAAAAGCAUCAAUUCUUUGGCGAUCAGCCUUCUUGAUGGUCCAGCUCUCACUUCCAUACAUCACUACUGGGAAAACCAUAGCUUUUACUAUACGGACCUUUGUUGGCAAGGUGAUGUCUCUACUUUUUGGUACCAGAGGUACCACUGUAUUUUUAGAAGUGUGAAUUAAAGAAGCUUGAAUAAGUUAGGACAUCUCCAGUAGGUGAACAGUAACCCCCAGAUCCCCCAGCUUCUAUCCUUUGUAGAACCUGAGAUAUGAAGCAAAACGUAAAGGCACAUUUUUGUCAGAAAUAAGUCUGUUUUUGCCUUUUCAGUGUUUUACUUCCUUCCCCACCUCCACCAAGGACACCCGUGUCAUCUAUUUUUAUGGAAACAUUCCAAUAUAUUAAAGGAGGCAAAUCUUCCAUUCCUAGUUAUACACAGCACAUAUAUCCAUGAUUCUUUUUCUCCCAUGUACCCCUCCCCUUCCUCUCUCCCCAGGUUGCUGACAAGUUCUGCGACUUUAAAGCAGACACUCUAGGCAGUUUUUGGACUCCCAACUCCCAUUAGCCCCAGCAAACACUGACAACAUCUAAAGGUUUUCUCACGCAUGCUUUCAACCAGCCCAGUGCUGCUCUUUGAACCUACGAAAACCCAGUGGUUCAAAGAGCAGCACAGGGCUGUUUGAAAGGCUUUUUUGAGGCCAGAAAAGUGUUAUGUAAUGUUAUUCGGCUUCUCAGAGUGGUGAGAACACUUGCUUAUCCAGGUGAUAUUUCAUUUGGAAAGAGAGCAUUUGAAAAAUAUUGGCAUUUUGUAAUAUUUGCACUCAUUUACAAAUGUACAGGCUGUUUAUAGGUGGAGAGCUUCUAAACCAGGCAUGGCAGUACUUGGCCCUCCAGCUGUUUUGGGACUAUAACUCCCAUCAACCCUAGCUAACAGGACUAGUGGUCAGGGAUGGUGGGAAAUGUAGUCCCAAAACAGCUGGAGGGCCAAGUUUGGCCAUGCCUGCUCUAAACAGUCCACCAGAUAGCCAGUCUAUUUGCUCUCAAAUCAGAUCUCUAGGAAGAAAGCCAGCAGUCUGAAAACCCAUAUACAGCUCUAUGUAUCUUUCUGGAUCUCACUCACUUCAGUUUGUCAUUUGUUUUCCCCACAGCUACACAGAUUACAAUAGUUUUAGCUAAUGGGGGAGGAGACAGUAAUGCCUUCCCCCCCAAAAUGGCUCUCCAACUGUUUCCUCAUUGUGGGCCAUUUACCUGUAAUUCAUCUAACAAAGGAGAGACUUGGCAACUUUGCCAAGACUCUCAAGGCGGUCUCUCCUGUUGAAAUGCCCAAUUUUACAACAAUCCUAGCCCAUUUAUGGUUGUAGCUCCACAUAUAGUACUGACCUGUCUAUCCUGGUUGUGUUUGAGCAAUCCCCAAAGGGAGGAACAAAGGACGCAAAAAGGCAAGAGAGAGACACUGUUGUUAUCUUGGACCAUUGCAAUUAAUUAACUAGCUUUGAAACUGUGUUCCAGAAACCCAUACCCUACUAGCAAUACACUUGUUGUUUGUAAGGACCAGCUAACUUUUUUUUUUUUUUAGUGAGUUAUAGAGUCUAAUUAUUGCUCUCUGAACUCAUAGAGCACACUGCAUUCUGCUUUUGUGCUGUUUUUUCCCCUCAGCACCAAAUCUGGGGUUGUUAUGGCUUCAGAGAGAAAACUUGCCUCGUAAUGAGCAGAUGUGCUAUGCGUGCUCUGAACGUCGACUCCAGAUUUAGUAUUUAUAUUUAUUUAUUUAGAUUACAUUUGUGAAUCGCUUCCCAUAAAGUAUCUUGAAGCAAUAUUGGGGUAAAAGCAUCAACAAUAAAAAUUGUUGUAUCUUACAGAAUAAAAAUAAAAUAAAAUCAAUUUCAGAUAUAAAAAAAAGUGUAGAAUCCACUGGUAUGCCUCCGCUGAAAAGGCUUGCCCCAAAAUAUGUUGCUUUGAUCAUCAAAGCAAUUUGCUUGUGCAAGUGUUUCAUGAGAAAAUUUCACAGGUGUGGUUGUUUUUCCAUGCACCCAGACUUUUAACUAGUUGAACCAAAGUUAUUAGAUUUGGUAAGGGUGGACAACCUAGGGUCCUCCAGAUGUCACUGAACCAAUAAGCACAAAACAACCCCUCUGCAGUGCCACAAAUCCAACUCGGUGUAACGUUUGAAAAUGUUGAUCGCUUCUCCUGGCUGGGCAGUUAUCUUUCCACAAGGGGUGACAUUGAUGCCAAAAUCCAGCAUCGCCUGAACUCUGCAAGCAUGGCUUUCUCCAAGUUGAAGUGCAGAGUGUUUGAGGACCAGGACAUUUGCAGGGAAACCAAAAUGCUUGUUUGCAAAGCUAUUGUACCACCAACCUUACUGUACGCUUGUGAAACAUGGACCACUUAUAAGCGCCAUCUCCAACUCCUUGAAAGAUUCCAUCAACUGUGUCUCUGAAAAAUGUUCCUUAUCACUUGGGAAGACAAGUGAACUCAUGCCAGUGUACUGGAAGAAGCAAAGAUCACCAGUGUCAAAGCAAUGAUUCUUCAACAUCAACUUUGUUGGACUGGUCAUGUAGUUCAGAUGCCUGAUUAUCGUCUUCCAAAGCAACUACUCUAUUCUGAACUUAAAAAUGGAAAGCGUAAUGCUGGUGGUCAACAAAAGAGGUUUAAAGACUCAAGGCAAAUUUUAAAAAAAAUGGAGUAUAAACACUGACAACUGGGAAACACUGUCCUGUGGGUGCUCCAAUUGGAGAACAGCCUUUACCAAAGGUGUCGUGGGCUUUGAAGACGCUCGAACUCAGGACAAAAGGGAGAAAGGGAGAAACGUGCUAAGAGGAAGGCAGGCUUGGCAAACCCUCACCAUGAUCAACUCCCACCUGGGAACCUAGGUUCCCACUGUGGAAGGACGUGUGGAUCCAGAAUUGGCCUCCACAGUCACUUGUGGACUCACUGUUAAAACCGUGUUUAUGGAAGACAAUCUUAGUUGGCUACAAGUGAUCGCCAAAGAAUAAGAAUAAGACUGGACCACAACUCUUAUCAUCCCUGACCAUUGGCCAUGCAGGCUAGAGCUGAUGGUAUAUGGUCCAGCCACAUCCAGAGGACCACAGAUUCCCCAUCCCUUUUUAAUCCCUGGCUUGGUAUCUGUUGCCUUUCAGUUCAUUUCACUUUUAAUUUGUAUACUGCCUUGCUAUAUUACUAUACACAAGGCAGUUUAUAGGCUGAAGAAACAACAAACAGACGGCAAAGAUCACACAAGUAUUAACAAAUCUGAUCCGGUACAAAAAAAGUCACAAUAACUUUAAAAUAAGCAACUUAUAUCCUAUAAAGCAAUAUUCAACAAUCCAUUGGAAUAUAAUGGUAAACAGUAAAAUUAAAUAUCAGCAAAUAAUAAUGAAACAGUUUGCACUUAUCAAUUACAAUAAAGAAUUAAUAAACUAGAAUCAAUAAAAAGUAACGGCAAGUCACAAUGCAUGAAAUACCGCAAAACAUACAAAAUCAUGUAAAAGGCUCAAACUAAGAAACAAGGACACACAGCUUAUACUUUUAUUUUAUUUUUUAAUAUCCCUGAACUCCUAUUCUCUCUUCCCAGCUGCUUCUCAAAGUGCUGGUCUGGGGGAAAGUCCCAGGGCUGGAGGGUGGGGCAAAGCAGGUGGAAAAAGCCAUUGCUUGAUGAACAGCAGAGUCUCUCCCCUCACAGUUCUUCCUCUGGAGCAGCUCUCUUAGGAAGCCUCCUAGGGCUGGAAGGUAGGCCAAGAUAGGUGGGAAAAGCCAUUGCCUGAUGGGCAGCAGAAAGUCUCUUAUUCAUCACUACAUUUCCAUGGCCCAAAGAGCUCAACGUGCUGAAUUUUUGUUUGCUGCCCUAGGAAUCUCCUUCAUUCAUACCUCGGUAGAGUGCGAGACUCUUAAUCUCAGGGUGAUUCUAUAACCAGCAUGUGUUGGGUUGUACUUACGCUUACCUUCUUAAAAUGUUGUAACUCACUUGGUGAGCUUUUGUGUGUGUAAAAAGUGACUAACAAGUUUUAAAAUUAAUAAUAAUAAUAAGAAUGCAUAUCUUUGCUCACAUAGCUCAGGGCAGUCAAACCCAACUUUUUACUUGGAAAAAGGCCUCAAGACCUACGUACUGAGGAAGAAACCUCAUGGCUCACUCCUACCUCAAGCUCAUAAGGUAAAUUUGCUGUUGUAAAGCAAUCCAUUCAUGAAAUAUCUUUGGCUUUUGUUUGAAAACAUUGAUUUGGUUAGCAACAGGGUGGAGAAGGAGAAUGGCUCCUUCAGUUGACCGUAAGGACUAGGCUCGCAGGUAUAAAAACAGAACUGCUACCGUCCAGGUUUGCCCCUGAUCUUGCGUUCCAUUUGCUGCUAGAUUUGUGUCGAGGAUUUGUCAGUAGCUGGCGUUAACAUUUGUUACUAGCAAUGUGAUGUGGUUGUGUUAUGGGAUGGAGUUGGUGCAAUGUGUUAUGACUUGGUGGUUGGGGGUUUCAGAGUUUUAUAGACCCCCUCCUAUGACGUGGUGUAUGUCUGGAACCACAUGUGUGUCCACCACAUGCAUGAACUCGACGUGAAGCUCCGAGAGGGUUGGAACCUUUUGCGUGGAGCCAUUACAUGCACCUGUUAAAAAGAAAAUGUGAUACUGUGUAUAUCUUUAACCCUCAUGCCCAGUAAUGAACUUGUCACAUAAGGAAGUAGGGCAAAAAAUGGUUUAUUACGCGGAAAUGAAAAGAGACAGAGCAUAUGGAUGUUUCGCAUAUGCGAGCAGCAAACACUCAUUAGACACAUACACACCUUAAUUCUAAGGAAUAAAUAGAGUCCCUAACUACCCCUAAAGAGUGAGUGCCACAGGCUCACAUUAAAAAGAAAGAACUAUAAGAGAGGGAAGGGUGUACACCUGUUCUAGAGGCACACAGAACACAAAGUCGGGGAAUUAAGCUUCCCCUUUAAAAUCCUAGGUCCACAAGCCAACAUCCUCUCUCACCUGUGCCUUUGGUUGUCUAGCAAAGGAUAGGAUUGAUCCUUAAGAAAUAAAAGAGGGGGGGGGGUUCCUGUUUGAGCUGUGAGACAAUGAACCAUUCAAAAUCUGGGGUUUGGGUAUAGCCUGAAUCUAACAAAACUUGGUAGAGAAAGGGGCUUCCUGAAUGACUGAAGAAUGAAACGCCCACAUCCUUUGAACUGUUGUUUACUCCUGGGAUAAAAAAGGUAAAGGGACCCUGACCAUUAGGUCCAGUCAUGGCCGACUCUGGGGUUGCGGCGCUCAUCUCGCUUUAUUGGCCGAGGGAGCCGGCGUACAGCUUCCGGGUCAUGUGGCCAGCAUGACUAAGCCACUUCUGGCGAACCAGAACAGUGCACGGAAACACCUAUUUAUCUACUUUCACUUUGACGUGCUUUCAAACUGCUAGGUUGGCAGGAGCAGGGACCGAGCAACGGGAGCUCACCCCAUCACAGGGAUUCGAACCGCCGACCUUCUGAUCGGCAAGUCCUAGGCUCUGUGGUUUAAACCACAGCGCCACCCGCAUCCCUCCUCCUGGGAUAACUCCGAAUUAAGGAGGGCACAGCCUUAAUUUUGAGGAGACCACACAUUGAUCUAUACAUGUACCUUGAAAGAGAUCCCAUUGUCUCUGUAAAGUCUGGCUCCUGCUUACAGGAGGGCGGUGGCCAAAUUUUGCUGAAACAAAGAUUAGUACGUUGGUACUUUCUGCAACUAUUGGGGUCCAGAUGGUAGAUAUUCAUUCCAGGUCACAUCUAAGAUAAUAACCUGUAUGUCCUUCGCAUGCAUAUUUUAUAUUAAACUUAUGUCAGCUGAACUGAUCCAUAGAAAUAAACCAUGUGAAAUGGCUAGAUUAGCACCUGCCUGCAGGUAAGAGCCCUCACUUGUAUUCAGCUCUUGAGCCACAGAGAGGAAAGGAAUAUACGGGUGUUAUUCUGGUUAGUGUGUUUGGUUUUUAUUGGCUGUUACAUGUGUGAGAUUGAUGUAAAGCUGUGUAAUCAAAAAAGAAAUAUAACCCUGGUAAGGUUGCAUAUUUGGUGUGAGUGGCUAAUGAAAGUGAUAAAUUGCGAGAACUGUUGUGUGGGUGGAAUGUCUAUGUGGGCUUGUUUAACAAAUGAUACGGUUCUUCAUUUUAGACUUUUGUAUUGGCGUGGUGAUUGUUACGUGUAUGGUUAUUGUCCUGUGUCGUACAUCUGUGCAUGUGGACUUUUCUUCUUCUAAAGUUAUCGAGAUUGUGUUUACUGUAUAUUUACAUAUUUGGAUUUUUUUUAAAAAAGUAAAUUGCUUCAAUAUUGUUAAUAAUCUAUAAAUUACUUAAAUGGGCAAUCAGAUAGCACUUGCUUACAUUUGAGUAAGUGGUAACGAUUGUGAUUCAUUUCUAAUGGCUUCAUUGCAGCUUUAAGGAUUUGUGAAUGCUGGAUAAUAGGCCGGGGUAUUUGAAGUAAGCUCCACUGAGCUCAGCUGAACUUGCACUCAGGAAAUUUGGUACAGGGUUGUAAACUUAAAAUUGCAGUCUUAUGCAUGUUUGCUGGGAGUCUGCUCCAUUGAACUUAGCUGGGCUUACCAGUGAAUAAACUUCUAUGGGAUUGUGCUGUAAAUCUUGCUGAAACGCGUAAGAAUUGCCAAAUUCUUAAGUUCUACUGAUCUGAAUAGGGCAAGCGCAUCCAUUUCUGUGGAUCACAGCUUUUGUCACUUAAGCUCCUAUCACUCACAUUAUUGUAUAUCCUACCAUAAUCCUGUUCAGGUCGACAGAGAAUAUCAGGUUCAGAAAGCCUUGUUUGCCGUUGGAUUUCCAGUUCCUGAGCCUCUCUUAUACUGUAGCGAUGCUUCUGUGAUUGGAACGGAGUUUUAUGUGAUGCAACAUGUACAGGUUGGUGCUUUGAUUGCAACAGCAUUUAUUGCACACACUUUUCCUGCUCCAUGGGCAAAUUUAGCCCAGAAUGCUUAAAAACAGAAGAAUGUUCCCACUGAACCAGAUCAAAGGCCUAUGAAGUCUAACGUCUUGUUAUUACAGUGACCGAGAAGCCCUCCAGCAGGGCAUGAGCACAGUAGCCUCUACAUAAAGCACUGGUCCCCUCCCACCCUUGUUCCUGAAAUAAAUCUUUAUUCCUCCUCCUUGCUUCUGAUGUAGGUCUUCACUUCACCAGUGUUGGUGCUGACCUUUAAAACCCUAAACGGCCUCGGUCCAGUAUACCUGAAAGAGCGUCUCCACCCCCAUUGUUCUGCCCGGACACUGAGGUCCAGUGCCGAGGACCUUCUGGCGGUUCCCUUGCUGCGAGAAGCCAAGUUACAGGGAACCAGGCAGAGGGCCUUCUUGGUAGUGGCACCCGCCCUGUGGAAUGCCCUCCCACCAGAUGUCAAAGAGAAAAACAACUACCAGACUUUUAGAAGACAUCUGAAGGCAGCCCUGUUUAGGGAAGCUUUUAAUGUUUGAUGCAUUACGGUAUUUUAAUAUUGUAUUGGAAGCCGCCCAGAGUGGCUGGGGAAACCCAGCUAGAUGGACGGGGUAUAAAUAAUAAAAUUAUUAUUAUUAUUAUUAUUAUUAUUAUUAUUAUUAUUAUUAUUAUCCCUUCUUCCCUUGGUUGGUGGGGGGUGCAUUUUGUGGUUCACCUCAGGUGCCAAAAGGCCUGGGACUCCUCAUCUGGAUCAGGACCCUAGAAUAUGGGAAGAGGGGAACUCUUUAAGCCUUUGCCCCUUACUGCAGUUCUGAUUCAGAUCAGCUCUAUGGUGCUUGCAAUAUGCAUUGCAAUAAUGUUUCUUUUAAAAUGGAUGGGCUCUUUUCCUCUUCUCUUCAAUGCAUAUUUUAUUUGUGGGGGGGGGGGGUGGCAAUGAGGACCACAGCCAGGAGCAAAAGAUUAAAGUCACAAACACCAUCCCCUUCCAAUUCGCGAAAAUAAAUUCUGCAUUCAAGGACAGAACUAUGAAGUUAUGAUCACGUGUUGUUUUCCCCUAAGUAUGUUACUAAUCCGAUCUCUUGGUUUAUCUUCAUUGCUCAACUAAGGCGAAGCAGCAUAUCUGUGUCUCAGUGCUUCUGAAAACCAGUAAGACAAAGUCAUCACUGACUUUGUAAUUGAUUCUGAGCCGAUAUAUUAGGCUCUAUGUGCACUAUAAAUUUAAAACAGUAUCGUACCAUACCAACAGUCAUGGGUUCCCUCAAAGAUUCCUGGGAACUGUAGUAAUAAUAAUAAUAACAAUAAUAAUAAUAAUAUAUUUAUUUAUACCCCCCCCCCAUCUGGCUGGGCUUCCCCAGCCACUCUGGGUGGCUUCCAACCAAAUAUUAAAAUACAGUAAUGCACCAAACAUUAAAAACUUCCCUAAACAAACUGUAGUUUGUUAAGGGUUCUGUGAGACCCCUCUUCCCCAAAUUUCCCUGGGAAGAGUGAUUUGCUGUUAACCCAUCUGUAAGAAUUGUAGCUCUGUGGGAUGAGGGGAGGGAUACAGGUCUCCUAACAACACCCAGUACGCUGAACAAACUACAGUUCCCAGGAUUAUUUAGGGGCAGCCAUGGCUGUUUAAAGUGGCAUGAUAUUUCUUUAAAUGCACAGUUCAGAUGGUCUGGUGCAUCUUGUGUUUUAAAGCUGUAAUCCUCCCUAUUUGCUUCUCACCCACCUUGUAUUUGGCUCCUGGUGUCUUUAGGGUCGCAUCUUCCGAAACGCUGCGUUACCUGGCAUAAGUCCAGUGGAAAGAUCUGCUCUAUACAUAGCUGUAAUAGAAACUCUGGCCAAACUACACUCAUUCAAUGUGAAUUCACUGGGACUCCAAGGCUAUGGAAGAGGACCAGGUUACUGUAAGAGGCAGGUAAAUGAUCUACAAAACCUUUCCAAUGUUUCAGCCUCAUUGUAUGACUUUCUUCACCAUUUCUUCUUCUCUUUGCCAUUUACAGAGUGACUAACUUCCCUCCACACACACACACUUAUUUUAUUUUAUUUUAUUAUUUUUUGGUGUCAGGCAAAGGAUACGUAUUUCAACUCUUAAACAAGGAAGUUAGCUUUCUGCAAGUCUUGGUUAAUAUUUAAGUGGUUGGUGCCAGCAACUAAUUUACAGAAGCAGCAGCAGCAGCAAUGGCCAGAGAUCAAUGGUCAUUUCCAGUUUGAUUUAACUGCAGCUGCUGAUCAAGCAAAUAGGUUUUCUGCAGGUCUCUUACACUUGCAGUUCUGCUUACACAAACACACCCCAACAGUGUUCACUUUGCCCUUUCUUUGCUCCUUCUCCUCUUACUUCACUGCUGAUGUUCCCAUUAUCAGUUUUCCACAACAGAACACACCUUUACAACACCUGUGCUUCUGACUCUCAUUAAAAAAAACCCCAUUUGAAUUGUGCUACUCAUUUGCUGUGUGAGGAAGUGUUGCCUUUUGAAAGAAGGAAAUAAGGCUAUGAAUUGUAUGGAUUAGGAUAGUGGUUCCCAAACUUUACCCCCCACGGAGCACUUGAAAAUCGCUGAGCGUCUUAGCUGACCACUUAACGAUUUUUCUUCCCCUUGCAGCAAUUGUAAUUCACUCUGCUUGAUGCUGCAUUAUUUUAAAAGGUUUUUCGUUUUGAUUUUUUGCUUCAUUGGUUUCUUAUAAAUUGCAUUUUAUCCUAUAACAAAGACAAUAAAAUGCAAUACGGGAAAUGAAAGAAGCAAUAAAAAUUAACUAAAAAUUGAUUAUGAUGGAUGUGCCCUCUUUCGCCUUCAAUCACAAAUCCAUAGACACACUGCAGACUGCCUGAAUGAAGUCCAUGAUCCACAUUUUGGGAACUCCUGGAGUAGGAUCCAAAAAAGUCUGCAAUCUGCUUUUGAAAGCAAUAUUGUGAUAUACAGUGGUGCCUCGCAAGACGAAAUUAAUCCGUUCCGCGAGAGUCUUCGUCUAGCGGUUUUUUCGUCUUGCGAAGCAAUCCUAUUAGCGGCUUAACGGAUUAGCGCUAUUAGCGGUUUAGUGGCUAUUAAAGGCUUAUCGGUUUAGCUGCUAAAAGGCUAUUAAAGGCUUAGCGGCUUAGAUAAAGGGGGGGAAAGCGAAAAAAAAAUCUCAAGACUCCUAAGACAUUUUCGUCUUGCGAAGCAAGCCCAUAGGGAAAUUUGUCCUGCGAAGCAACUCAAAAACGGAAAACCCUUUCGUCUAGCGGGUUUUCCGUCUUGCGAGGCAUUCAUCUUAUGGGGCACCACUGUAAUCCAAAAGAGCCAUGGGAAAGUCCUGUAGCACAAACCUUUCGUCUGAGCUUAAGCAAUUUAUUUUUUGAUCACAACCAUAACAUUUUCCCUUCAGUUAGGCCUCCGUCUAACAUAUAUUUCCCCCCAUCCCUUACUGAUUUUGUUUUCAGGUAUCAACUUGGAGAAGGCAGUAUCAAGCAGCAGCUCAUGCAAACAUCCCAGCUAUGGAUGAAUUGGCUGAAUGGUUAACCAGCAACCUGCCUGCUGGCGAUACUGAAGAAAAGUUGGUCCAUGGAGAUUUUCGAUUAGACAACAUCAUAUUUCAUCCAACAGAGGUAUCGUGCAUACGGCUUCAGUUAGGCUUGUAGCAUUUCCAGGACUAUGUGCAUAGAGCCCUGAGAUAAAAGUAGUCCCUCUUAUUUCUGUGUGCUUCGUAAGAUAUUGCGUUUUCUGCCUCUGGGGAAGAUGUCCAAAUACUUUUGUGUGUCAUCAGAAGCAAGUCACGGUUGACAUUGCUCUACUGGUUAGGCGCAAUUUGUUUAAAUUUGUCACCAGUGGCCACUCUGAAAAAGGAUUGGAAUGAAUGAAAGAAAGAAAGAAAGAAAGAAAGAAAGAAAGAAAAGGCUAUGGAAUGCUUUGCAAAUGAUACAAGAAUAAAGGAGUCUGUUAGAAGGGGGGACAUUUCCACUCAAAGAUUGGAUGGUGCUGAGGGUGACUCAUGCAAUUGGUUUCCAAUUCUCUAAGAGUAUGUCUGCAUAAUCCUUUUUGUCGUGCCUCAAAUUUAUUUAUUCCAUAGGUUUGAGUCAAUUUGGUGCCAUUACCCUCAUGGAUCACUCCUUCACCAUAUUACAUAAAAAAAGGACUUGAAGGACAACCCCUCCCCAUAUAAACUGUCCCAGACUCUGUGUUCAUAAUCUGAGGCCCUUAUUUGUGUGCCUUCUGCAUCCGAGGUCUGGAGGGCCUUCUCUGUAGUAGCUCCCAGUUUGUGGAAAACUCUCCCCGGGAAGUUUGCCUAGAGCCUAAAAUAUAUAUAAUGAAAACGUACCUCUUCAACUAGGCCUUGGGCAGAUUAAUAUUCUACAGCCUUUUAAAUGUGUCUGAGGGAAGAAGGGGGUAUUAUUUGGCUGUUUUGUUUUACUGAUUUACUUGUUUUUAUCGUGACAAGUAGACAAUUACGAGAAAAGACAUUGAUAACAAUGUUCCUCUCUGAAGGAGGCCUCUUACUGCUCAAUUAGAUAUACAAAUGUCUUUAGAUUUAGAAAGGAACACUGAAUUAUAUUUUAUAUUGCUAAUAGAAUAAUAGACUUCAGAGAUGUACAUAGAGAUGUUGUAAUACUGAACAGAGCCAGCAGUCAUAGGAAUCGACCGCCGUGCCUGGGAAGCUUUCCUGACUUCUUCUGAGUGACAUGUGCCAGAAUGUCAGGGAAAAGGACAGUGUGAAAUAAAAUGCUUAAGAAUGAGGGGAGAAAUUUAAAAUCUGGGCAGUUGAGCUGUAACCUCUAGGCGUAUCUUCCUCGUGGUUUGAACCGAGCUGAGAAAACCAGUUGGGCAUUAACCCUGUAAAUAAAUUCACAUAGUUACAUAACUACCCUGUGGGAGGGAUCAUUCUAAAAAGAGCCCUCUAAAACUCCCCUCCAGCCUCUCUGUGCUACCUCUUUUGUGAGUGAAAGUUGAGUCCUUUUUGCGCAAGCAACAAAUGACGCAACACUUGUAGAAUAAAGUCCAAAUCUCCGCUUCGGUUUCAUGACCAUAACGACAGUCAGUUCAGGCUUUGCUCUGCAAUCGUCCCCUUAAGUGCAAAUUCUUUCCACAAAAUACUAGCCCGGUAAAGUAGCAGCAUGUUAUACAGGGCACUGAUACAAAGGUGGUGGUGUUUUUUUUUGCAAUUCUUGCUUGUUUCAGUGGACCUAGCCCUUGCCUAGUGGGCUGUGCCUCUAGUUCUGAGAGGUUUUCCUCAACCUUCCAUUGCAAAAGAGUAAUAUCCUUAUUCAGUGUGAUGCAAUAAUAAUAAUAAUAAUAAUAAUAAUAAUAAUAAUUAAUUAUUAUUAUUAUUAUUUAUACCCCACCCAUCUGGCUGGGUUUCCCCAGCCACUAUGGGCGGCUUUCAACAGAAUAUUAAAAUGCAAUAGUCUAUUAAACAUUAAAUUAUUAUUAUUAUUAUUAUUAUUAUUUAUACCCCGCCCAUCUGGCUGGGUUUCCCCAGCCACUAUGGGCGGCUUUCAACAGAAUAUUAAAAUGCAAUAGUCUAUUAAACAUUAAAAGCUUCCCUAAAUAGGGCUGCCUUCAGAUGUCUUCUAAAAGUCUGGUAGUUGUUUUUCUCUUUGACAUCUGGUGGGAGGGCAUUCCACAGGGCGGGUGCCACUACCAAGAAGGCCCUCUGCCUGGUUCCCUGUAACUUGGCUUCUCGCAGCAAGGGAACCGCCAGAAGGCCCUCAGCGCUGGACCUCAGCAUCCGGGCAAAAUGAUGGAGGUGGAGACGCUCCUUCAGGUAUACUGGACCGAGGCAGUUUAGGGCUUUAAAGGUCAGCACCAGCACUUUGAAUUGUGCUUGGAAACGUACAGGGAGCCAAUGUAGGUCUUUCAAGACCGGUGUUAUGUGGUCCCGGCGGCCGCUCCCAGUCACCAGUCUAGCUGCCGCAUUCUGGAUUAGUUGUAGUUUCCGGGUCACCUUCAAAGGUAGUCGCACAUAGAGCGCAUUGCAGUAGUCCAUUCCAAAGCAAUUAUUGGACACAUGUGGAUGGGGGCUUGAUACAAUGCCAGAAAAUAAUGGGUGCAAUCAGAACGAGCCCUGGGCUUGCAUGUUUUGUGAUUCUCUUCCCCCAUCACUUCCAACUUAGUGGCAAACCCUCAUUUGCUUUUGCCUUGAUACUGGGCAAACAGUGGCAUAUGCAAACUGCAGUUUACAGGCAAACCAAGAUUGCAAACCACAGUUUUAACUGCAUAAUAAUUGCAUGGUUUUGCCAUUUUCUAAAUCUCUUAACAUUGAGACAAAUAUUGGGGUGGCUCCCGGCAUCAUGGAAUCAUAGUGAGAGACCCAUAGAACCAGUCAUUAUUUUUUUAAAGUGACUCUUUAGAGAUGGUAACACCAAGGUUGCAGGUUCGAUCCUCCUAUAUUGCAGGGGGUUGGAUUAGAUGAUCUUCAGGGUCCCUUCCAACUCUACAAUUCUAUGAUUCUUUUAAAAAAAUGACAAGGGUGUGGAGGGUCACAAAAAAACCACCUUGGGGGCAGGAUGCAGCCAAUGGAACAUGAUUAGUUGCUGUUGUUUAACAUGAUAGAUAUAAAUGCUUGUAUGUAAGUUUGCAUCAGUAUUUUGGAGUGGCUGCCUAUGUAAUAAAAACAAGCUUCUCAGAAGUUGAAUGAAUGGAAGCAGGGCACUGAAGAUGGACUGGUGUUAAUGGUCCCUUUAUACUAGAGCCUUGUGUGUAUGCUGGAGUCAGUGGUUGGGGACUGCUGACCUAAUCCAGCCCUUGCAGAACGGGUGCCCUCCAGAUGUUGUUGGACUACAACUCCCAUCAGCCCCAGCCAGCUUUGCUGCAAUCCAGCAACACCUGGAGGGCACCAGGUUGAUGAAUGUUGAUCUAAACCUUUUCACCAUUGCCACUGGUUUCCCCCCCCCUGUAUUCCUCUCUUUCCAGGCCCGUGUUGUGGCAGUGCUGGACUGGGAACUUUCGACUAUAGGGCACCCUCUGGCAGACUUUGCUUACACUGUUUCUCUCUGGUUUUGGCCCAGAUCCCUCAAACAUUUGCAAAUGGCAAAUUUCCAGUAUAUAAACAAUAUUGCAGGUAUGCACCCAUCUUUCUUUAUAUGUUCUAUGCCUAUGUAUUGGGGGGUCACCAACCUUUGGGGACCAGUGAGCUGAACGAAGGUUCUCGCUAGAGCGAUGAGAGCCACUGGCUACAAAUUUUAGGGUUCCUUUAUUAUAUCAUUUCCUUCAUGGAGAAGAGAAAUGGAUUUGGGAUAAGGAAUUUUUAUAGUAGAUACUGUCUUUCCACCGGGGUUCCUGCCCAUUUCCAUCUUGCAAAUUAAGGGUUUGAAAGACUACCAUCCUAGUGAAGAGAAACUGAGCUGGUUGUCUUUUGUCUGCUCCCUGCCUUCAAAUUAUCUCCUAACAUUAUCUUGAUGGUCUCCAUUCAAGGGGUGGAUAGAUUGUACUUGGCAACUAAAUUUGCAUGUGCUGAUUUUUAUGCAAGGAACUCAAGGUAUGCCUAGAUGCCUUUCAGGAGCCGAGGCUGUGGUCAGACUGGUACCAGGGGCACAAAAAUUCAUGAUGGGGUACCUCUUGUCAUAUUAGGUUAUACCACUUACCUUGCAUGUGCCACGAUCUAGUAAUAAUCCACAGAAUAAGUUCAUAUGGACACACACACCUUUUCACAACCAGACUUUUUUUGUAUUAGAAACUCAAUAGGGUAAAGGAAGUUCCUGCUGCCAGCUCCACGUGACUGGCAGGCAACAACACACAGCCUGACCAAGUGGGAUUAUCUCCAUUGCUCCUCUCUCUCCCCCCCCACCAAAGUUUUUUUAAAAAAAGGUUUAGCUGUGGGGUAAAGGAAUUACCAACUGCCAGCUCCAUGUGACUGGUAGGCAACAACAGCUCAGUGUAUGCGUAUGAGAUGUGGGAGCAUUCUCACAUAAGCACUGCAUUGGAUACAACCUGUUAGUUAUCUCAGUUGGUACAGCAUGAGACUCUUAAUCUCAGGGUUGUGUGUUUGAGCCCCAUAUUAGGCAGAAAAUUCUUGUUUUGCAGGGGCUUGGUAUAGAUGACCCUUGUCGUUCCUUCCAGCUCUAUCUCUCUAUGAUUCUAUGAUCUGAUAGCUAUAUUGCUGCAUGAGAAAAUAGAUGCAGUACUAGUACAGUGGACGCUCGAGUUGCGAACUUGAUCCAUGCGGGAAGCACUUUUGCAACCUGCAGUGUUUGCAACCAGCAGCGCCGCAUCUGUGCACGUGCGAGUUGCGAUUCAGCACUUCUGCGCAUGCGCCAUAACCUGGAAGUAACCCGUCCUGGUACUUCUGGGUUCGGCACGGUGCACAACCCGAAAUCGCGCAACCCGAAGCGUCUGUAACCCAAGGUAUGACUGUAUAUCUAUUUACACCCCUGUUGCAUACAAUUAAGACAACAACAACCCUGUGUAACCGGCACACCAAAGCCAAGUUUUCACAUUAUUCCGUAUCAAUUUCCUAGGAAUUCCUUCGGCUGAAGAAGUGAUCGCGACGUACUGUCGCUGCAGAGGUAUCAGCGCUGCUGUGCCCAACCUGAAUUUCUUCCUUGCUCUCUCGUAUUUUAAAGUGGCUUCAAUAAUGCAGGUAAUAGUUGUGGCUAUAACCUGCCCAUUUUAAACAUAUUUUAAGUUUCAGGGAGAAAUACUGCAAACCAUACUCCUACAUAAUGUUAGUGAAGUUUUUUGAAGUUCAACAAGAAAUUGAGCGUUACUUUGAUAUGCAUAUUUCCUAGAAUGUGAUCAGAUAUGUCUCAGGCAUGUGUCAAUUACACAAUUCAAAUGCCCCUUAACAUUCACAUGAACACAAAAUUUAAUAACUGGGUGGCAGCGGGGAACCAGUCCUGUUUUUGGCUCACCUUAAACACUGGCAGAUCCAGCUGUGAGAUUUUGCGGGGCUAGUUGAGAUUAUUACUACUACCAUACUUCAUAUUUAGGGACGCGGGUGGCGCUGUGGGUUAAACUACAGAGCCUAGGACUUGCUGAUCAGAAGGUUGGCGGUUUGAAUCCCUGCGAAGGGGUGAGCUCCCGUUGCUCAGUCCCUGCUCCUGACAAUCUAGUAGUUCGAAGGCACGUCAAAGUGCAAGUAGAUAAAUAGGUACCACUCCGGUGGGAAGGUAAACGGCGUUUCCGUGCGCUGCUCUGGUUCGCCAGAAGCGGCUUAGUCAUGCUGGCCACAUGACCCGGAAGCUGUACGCCGGCUCCCUCGGCCAAUAAAGCGAGAUGAGCGCCGCAACCCCAGAGUCGGCCACGACUGGACCUAAUGUUCAGCGGUCCCUUUACCUUUACCUUACUUCAUAUUUAGUUUUCCAUUGCCUACAGGAGCUGGAUUUUAGCCACCCUGCAGUGGGUUUGUGUCAGUGUCCUCAACACCCCAACAUUUUAAAAAAAUAAACAGCUCUGGGACAUCAACAACAUUGUCUUACACUGAACGUAACGAGAGAGAGAGAGACAUUGCAGUUCUUUGGUAAUUCAAGAAAACCUUUAAUAAAAAGUAUUUCAAAAUAAAAUAACAAAGGUCAUUAUAUAUUACUUUAGCUAGUAACAAACAACAGCUCUCCAAAUUUUAUAUUUUAUCAGUUGUUUCAGAGGCAGAAUUGUUUGGCUGUUCAGUACUAAGUGUUGUGCCAUUUCACAAUUUCUACAUGACAUAUUGUUUUAGCAAGUGGGGUUCUUGAAUGAAAUAAAAAGCCAAAUCACAUAUACUUUUGUUUAUAUGUUCCUUAGGGCAUCUACGCCAGAUACCUUCAGGGAAAUUCCGUUGCAGAAAACAGCCACAAGUUUGGCAGUAUGGUGAAACCUUUGGCAGAAACUGGAUUACUGGUAUCAAAAAAGUAAGAAUGGUUUAUUCAGAAUAUUUUUUAAAAAAUGGCAACGAGUUCACUCCAAAGCAGUUGAGGUCGUAGUGUGGUGUAUUGCAUGAGGAGUCGGGGAGAUGAAUUUGUUUCUGCUUUAAGGCUAUGUAGCUGAAGAAAAAUGCCAUUACUGUCCCAUUUGGGUUUUUCUUCUAGAACAUCUUUUGCCACUGAGAGUCAGCCCUGUAGCACAGGAGAAUUAUUCCACCAGUCUAAAGAGGGCAAAGAAGUGCUUGAAACGGUGAAGGAUUUCAUGAAGAAAUAUGUUUUUCCGGCUGAAAUGGUGAGACAUAUUAUGUAGCAUAUUCAGAACACUGGUAGUAAUCAGGCACAGAUUGAGAGCCUAAUCAUUGAUUAGGAACAGAAAUGUGCUGAAUUUUGCCCUGGUUUAUUAAGAUGCAGACUGGUGAAGUAUUGGCAAGAAAACUGAGCCAAGCCACUUGUUUCUCUAGUAUAUGACUCAGCAGUACUGAUUUGCGGUUGUCAAAGUAAGACACAGAUUUAGUUGCUAUUGGCGGCUCUAGCAGAGAUGGGGAAUCUGCUGCUCUCCAUCUGUCGUUAGUCUUCAGCUUCCAUUAAACAACAUGGCUAUGAGCAGUGAUGAUGAGAGUUCAAGUCAAGUACAGCUUUGGCUUCCCUGCUAUCAGGUCUAGUUCCUCCCUCAGUGCCAGAAGGCAGAGGUGAUCCCAUGCAAAGGUUAUUAGGACUCCUGUAUCAUUCAUAGUUUUACACAGAGGCAUAGGUGCCAGAUCCUGGGGGCCGAGGCACUUUCACACACCCCCAAAUGUUUUUUUAUUAGUUGGUGGGCCCCAUCAAUUUUCAGAAGGCAUUUGACUCUGCCCCAUGGUACAUCACAAUGCCAUGCUCGCAACAUCGGGAUGUUGUGCGACAUCGGGUCUCAAUCAUCUUGAGAAGUUGGUGCCUCUACAGAGAGGGGAUUUUAGCUGGUGCAAUCAUCGCUGGCCGCCAGGACCAGCUGCAAGCCUGAGUCGCCUCAUAACAAAAUGUGGCCUGGUAACUCACCUCCUGGGCUGGUGUCCUCACCCCAGGGGCAUGCAGUAGCAGCAGCAUCUGUUUUCUAAAUCGGGCAGCUAGGAAGUGCCUGCCAUUUUAAGCCCACCCAAAAAAAAAUUGACCCGUGGCAUUGUGGGAAAUUUUAAUGGUGGAUAGCUUUCAGACCCAGCCAUCUAGUGCAGAGGCCCCAGGACAGGCAUAGUGGUGGGCCUUUCUAAGGUCCAAUGGUACAGUUAGGUAAAUUAUACUCUAGACAUACAAGUACUCGGGUUAAGUACUUAAUUUGUUCCAGAGGUCUGUUCUUAACCUGAAACUGUUCUUAACCUGAAGCACCAUUUUAGCUAAUGGGGCCUCCUGCUGCCGCUGCGCCACCGGAGCACAAUUUCUGUUCUCAUCCUGAAGCAAAGCUCUUAACCUGAAGCACUAUUUCUGGGUUAGCAGAGUCUGUAACCUGAAGCGUAUAUAACCUGAGGUACCACUUUACAGGUACCACUUUACAGGCUUUACAGGAGUCCUUUUAUUUUACAGUGGUACCUCGGGUUACAAACGCUUCGGGUUGCAAACACUUCGGGUUACAAACUCCGCUAACCCAGAAGUAUUACCUCGGGUUGAGAACUUUGCCCCAGGAUGAGAACGGAAAUUGUGCGCCGGUGGCACAGCAGCAGCGGGAGGCCCCAUUAGCGAAAGUGGUGCCUCAGGUUAAGAACAGUUUCAGGUUAAGAACGGACCUCUGGAAUGAAUUAAGUUCGUAACCUGAGGUACCACUGUAUUAUUUUAUUAUUUAUAUGAUGCCCAUCUGACUGGGCUGUCCCAGCCACUCUGGGUGGCUCCCAACACAAUAUUAAAAGCACAAUAAAACGUCAAACAUUAAAAAAUUCCCUGUUGUACUGGGUUACCUUCAGAUGUUUUCUGAAAGUCAUAUAGUCAUUUAGAUGUGUGAGGGAAAUAUUGAUUCACUAUUCAUCCAGUCUGUUGGACUUCAGGUGCUCACAUUCACAAUUCUGUGCCUUUAUGACUCUUUCCUCCAAUUACUCACAAAUCUCUUACCAUAUGAAAAGCAGAGUAAGUAGCAAUCUAGUGAAAUGUACUGAGGGGGGGAAAAUGCACUGAUGUGGCUUUAUUGGCUGUUGUGUGUUCUCUAUUGAUGUAUUUUAUUUUCCUAGGAAAUGGUGGAGUAUUACGCCAGAAAUAAAAAUUCGCCAGACGUAUGGAAAAAGCCUGCCGUGAUUGAGAGACUGAAGGUGCUUGUAUUUUUUCCACUUUGUGGUGUUAAUAAUGGAAGGAAUUACCUGAUACAGUCCUGUAGCUGUGCAAAUGUCACUUGAAGAAUAGCUUAUCUGAUGUUUGGGGAUCUUAUUCCAAUUAAAAUGGCAGGUAAAGUUUUGAAGAGAAAGAAUAGUUUAUCACCCUGAUCCACAGGCCUGAUAAAACGGCGACACUUUUGCUUUAAAGCACUUUAGGUCAAUUGAUUUCAACUGCAGGCAAGCCUAGGCCAAAUUUCUUCUGCAGUUUCACAGGCUUACACUCUGGGCCGUUAAUCAUAGAUGUUUUGCUGAAUAACACUGUGGAAAGACAGAAAUCUCUGCAAUGUGUAGUUUUUAAUCUUCAGUUUCUAUAACCAAGAAGGAAAAAAUAAUAAUUUCACACUAAGACACCUAGUCACGAGUUAGAUGCUCUGACUCAUUUGGACUUCCUUAAUGGAAUUAGGUUGGUUGGAACCAGAGUUUAAGAACUGGUGUGUAUAUAUAUGAGAGAGAGAGAGAGAGAGAGAGAGAGAGAGGAAGGAAGGAAGGAAGGAAGGAGAAAGAAAAAGAGAGAGAGAGAGAAUAAGUGAAGCUGUUUAUGGCAAUGCCAGAACCAAUAAUUUGGCUUGGUGUUUUCUGAGUGCUGUCAAUCAGAUUGGCAUUUAUUUUAUUGGGAUUAUAUUAAAAUACGUAUAUUUCCCCGAAUGCUGUAAGCAUCCCAGCUCUUAAAUUAUUUAUUUUAUUAUAUUUAAAUAUUAUAUAUCUCCCUUCUAGCUAAAGUAUUAGAAUGGUCGUUCAGUGCCACCAUGACUCGGCUGAUCCCUCUUACUUCUCUCAUCAGGAAAGGGCCAAGGCAGAGGGUCUCUGGAACCUUUUCCUGCCAGGGGUUAGUGGUCUUGGCCAGCUGGACUAUGCCUUAAUCGCAGAAGAGACCGGGAAGUGCUUCUUCGCGCCCAACGUGUUCAACUGCCAUGCCCCAGGUCAGUGAAUUGUUAUGACACUCAUACCAGGGAUCGUAGAAUCACAGAACUGUAGAGUUGGAAGGGACCUCAAGGGUUAUCUAGUCCAACCCGCUGCAGUGCCAAACCUGGGAAUCGAACCCAUUACCCUGAGAUUAAGAGUCUCAUGCUCUAACCAACUGGGCUAAUCUAGUAUCUGACAGGGAACCUUUCUCAGCUCAAGUGCCACGCUUUCUCCUGAGGGACCGCAUGCCAGAGACAGAUGUGCAUUAGACCUUUGACUGGUUCCUACAGACACCAUUUGCACACCCCUCAUCCUACAUCUAGGAAGGUAGAAGCAUUUUCAGAGUUGAAGGGCAGAUUCCAGCCAGGCAAAAAACACUCAAGGAGGGUGCAAAGCAGGGCUGGUGACAGACGUGACCUUGGGAGUUGUCCUGGGGGCUGGAUAAUGAGUCCUGAGGUGCUGCAUCUGGUUCCUGGGCCUAAGGUUUCCCAUCCUUGCCUCUAUGCAGUGAUCACUGUGUGUCUGAUGGAGCGGGAAUUGCAACAGCGUCUUUUCUGUUUGUCUCCCCCCAAGACACAGGAAACAUGGAGGUCCUGCACAUGUAUGGGACCCAAGAACAAAAGAAACAGUGGCUGGAGCCUCUCCUAGAAGGGAAAAUAAGUUCUUGCUUCUGCAUGACAGGUAAUAGUUUCUUCUUCUCCUCCUAAAACUAAGGAUUGUGAUACGGUGCUACAAAAAUCCUCCAAUAGGGACUGCAUGGUGACUUCUUACAUUUGUGUUACAUACAGAGAAAUAUAAUGGUUUUAGUAUUGAUGGUCCACAACAGUUCCUCUGUAGUAUUUUUCCAGGAAUAUCUUUUCUUUAUCAUUUAUAUCUGCUCCAAUUAUUAUUUCUGUAUGUUUGUCUUAUUUUUAUACUGUUUUUUAAUAAUUGGAGAUAUAUAUAUGUUUUGUUAUACAGUGGUACCUCUGGUUACGUACUUAAUUUGUUCCGGAGGUCCAUUCUUGACCUGAAACUGUUCUUAACCUGAAGCACCACUUUAGCUAAUGGGGCCUCCCGCUGCUGCUGUGCUGCACAAUUUUUGUUUUCAUCCUGAAGCAAAAUUCUUAACCCGAGGUACUAAUUCUGGGUUAGCGGAGUCUGUAACCUGAAGCGUAUGUAACCUGAAGUGUCUGUAACCCGAGGUACCACUGUAUAAGUGUGAAAUUCAAUAACCUGUAAGAAACAUUGCAAUAAUAAAACAAAUAUAGCUUGAACCAGAUUUAAAAUAUUCCCUGUCCUUCUCAUCACCGUUCAUCUUUCUACAUCACAUAGAAUUGCAUGUUGAUAAGAAUUCUCAACUAAUAAAUAUAUGUCUACAUAUAUAUUUGAGCUCUUUGACAUUCUCCUUAGAUUAACUUAGAAACAAUCUGAGACAGUGGUGGCAAACCUAUGGCACGUGUGCCAGAGUGGGCACUCAGAGCCUUCUGUGUGGGCACACGCGCCAUCGGUCAAUCUGCGCCGUUGCUGGGGGUUGGCAAAGUGGGCAGCUGCCCCCCAACCACUGGGGGCAGGAAACUCUCACUAGAGUUCCUUGGCCCCCCAUGCCACUGCGAGCCAGAAACGGGUUAUGUUUUGCUUGUGUGAGCCAGAGAUUGUCUGUGGCGACUGGGCGGGAGAUUAUUGCCUGUUGUCGAUUGGCUUCCUCUGUGUUAGUUGGCAGCUGCCUCCCCCCAAAAAGCUCAGCAAGCCUGGACAUUCCCCCCAAUGAAAGCUCAACAACAGUGUGCAAACCCCGCCCCCCCCAAAGAAGCUCAACAACUCAGGGUACUUUGUGUUGGCACUUUGCGAGAAAUAAGUGGGUUUUGGGUUGCAGUUUGAGCACUCAGUCUCUAAAAGAUUCGCCACCGUUGAUCUAAGUUCUUCAGCAAAAUAAAUAGUAAGGCCACUUCCCAAACCAAUCAAGAAGGACAAGGAAAAAUGCCAACCAGUCUGUGUGGUCCCCAGAAGUGCUUUAAAACAACUGUUGUUGUUUAGUCGUUUAGUCGUGCCCGACUCUUCGUGACCCCAUGGACCAGAGCACGCCAGGCACUCCUGUCUUCCACUGCCUCCCACAGUUUGGUCAAACUCAUGCUGGUAGCUUCGAGAACACUGUCCAACCAUCUCGUCCUCUGUCGUCCCUUUCUCCUUGUGCCCUCCAUCUUUCCCAACAUCAGGGUCUUUUCCAAGGAGUCUUCUCUUCUCAUGAGAUGGCCAAAGUAUUGGAGCCUCAGCUUCACGAUCUGUCCUUCCAGUGAGCACUCAGGGCUGGUUUCCUUAAGAAUGGAUAGGUUUGAUCUUCUUGCAGUCCAUGGGACUCUCAAGAGUCUCCUCCAGCACCAUAAUUCAAAAUUAAAACAACUAGGGGAACAUUAAAGGUAAAGGGACCCCUGACCAUUAGGUCCAGUCGUGGCCGACUCUGGGGUUGCAGCGCUCAUCUCGCUUUAUUGACUGAGGGAGCCGGCGUACAGCUUCCGAGUCAUGUGGCCAGCAUGACUAAGCUGCUUCUGGAGAACCAGAGCAGUGCAUGCAAACGCCGUUUACCUUCCCGCCGGAGUGGUACCUAUUUAUCUACUUGCACUUUGACGUGCUUUCAGACUGCUAGGUAGGCAGGAGCAGGGACCGAGCAACGGGAGCUCACCCCGUUGCGGGGAUUCGAACCACCGACCUUCUGAUCGGCAAGCCCUAGGCUCUGUGUUUUAACCCACAGCGCCACCCAUGUCCCAUAGCGGAACAUUAAGCAACAUAAUAAAAAGGUAAAGGGACCCCUGACAAUUAAGUCCUGUCGCGAACGACUCUGGGGUUGCGCCGCUCAUCUCGCUUUACAGGCUGAGGGAGCUGGCGUUUGUCCGCUUCUGCAAACAGUUUUUUACGGGUCAUGUGGCCAGCAUGCCCAAGCUGCUUCUGGCAAAACCAGAGCAGCGCACAGAAACGCCGUUUACCUUCCUGCCGGAGCAACAUAAUAGAACCACAUAAAUAGACACAUCAUCUGCUGAGGGUGGUGGGGACAGACAGACUGCCUUUUCUCCUUGCAGACCACUGAUGCUGCUUCUAUCACCUCUGCUUGGUGAUAAAAUGGGCUAAGUUAAAUUCUGUUUUCAAUUAUUCCAGCUGCAGUAAGCCAUGAUUGGUAUUUUGUUUGAACAGAACCUGGCGUCGCUUCGAGUGAUGCCACCAAUAUGGAAUGCAGCCUCGAGAGAGAUGGAGACAGCUAUGUGAUCAACGGCCAAAAGUGGUGGAGCAGCGGUGAGUAAAACAAAGUUUUCCAGGAAUGAUGAGGUCAAUUCUAUCUCAGAAUUCUGUCCUCCCUCCCAUGUUUCCGUAUUGACUGCAUGAGGACUAAGAAAGAUGACUUUUAUUUUUUUCCUAGCGUCAUGCUUGAACAAGCCUUUGCAUUUGCAUGCUAGAUAUUCCAUUAUAUUUUAUCUAUGGAUUAAGUCACAUGGGACUCCAGCAUUAAGGUUUGCUCCUGCACAUAGGUGAACUGAAUCCUAGGGACCUUUUUUUAAAAUAAUAAUAAUAAUAUUUAUUACUUUUAUAGAUUACAAAAAGAGAAAAAAGAAAAAAAAACAGAAAAAAAGACAAAGGAGGAAAGCAAAAAGAAAAAAACAAUACAAUACAAUAUAUAAACAAUGCAAAACACAACCUAAACUCAAAACUAAACACAUUAAACUAAACUAAACAAACCCCACUCCCUAACCUUAACCCUAAAUGAAACAAAACAAAAACAAUUUAAAAACAUACAUCAUCUCUUUUCCGUACUCUAUCUUUCAUUCCCUUGUUUCCUCAACCUCCUCUCACCUCCCUUUUUGUAUUCCACUUCUAUUAAUUGUUUCAGCAAAUCCUUUCCAUCUUUCUCCAUUUUCUAUCAUAUUGUAAAUAACGUAUUUUUUAACCUUAUUUUCCAUUAAAACUAAAAUACCUGUGUAUGCUUAACUCCUUAUAACAUUUCUGCUAAGCCCAUAAAAAAUCAUUCCACCCUUUUUCUAUCACUCAUUAGUUUUACCAUAAGUCUAUAUAUAAACUUUAAAUUUUCCAAUCUUCUUCCACCAUCUCCUCUCCCUGGUUUCGGAUUCUGCCAGUCCUUUCCGUCAACUCCUUAAAGUCCAUCAACCUGGUGAUCUUAUGUCCGAGGCUCUUAACUCUUUUCCAAGUCCCUUCUGCAGGUCUUCUUCAUUUUCUUUAAUGCUAAAGAGCAAAUCUCGGGGAAACUCCAACCUGUCAAUCCUUUUCUUCCUUCUGAACAGAUCAGCCAAAUUUCCAUAGUUAAAGCUACAGUCCAUAAAGUAUUUCAAGGCAUAUUUCAAGAUUCCUCCAAGUCCAAAGGCCCCCAAAACUUCAAUCUCCUCCAGGCCCGAGUCCAUGUCCCAAAAGUCAGUUAAUCCCUGCAUAGAGGGAUCUUUCCAACUUUCCUUCUUUAGUCCAAGCCGGGAUCCAUUCCUCAGAAUCUGACUUUUCCUAGAUUCAAUCAUAAAAGGCCUCAACUUAUAGUCCUCAAUUUGCUUCUGUAAAGCCACGGAUCUCACUUGUAUUACUUUAUGUUCAACAACAGCAGCAUUCUCCUUCUCCUCCUUCUCCUCCACCAUUUGUCCUGCCAAAAUGGAUUCCUGUACCAAGUCCUGGAUUAUUUCUGUGUUGGUGUUCGCUUUUUGACUCAAAUUAGUUACUUUCUGUUCCAAAUUAUCAACUUUAAAAGUCAUGUCAUCCAUCUUCUUGUGAAGCUGUCCCAGCGAACAGCUUAUCUUACAUAAAACAGUCACAAUGGCCUCUCCUGUCAACAUUUUUAAAUGGUCCAAGGUCACUCUCUGGUUCUCAGAAUCCUUAUCUGCAGCUGGAAAUCCCCAGUUAGACUCCUGUAACAGUUUCAAAAGCUCUCUCUAGAGGGAAACAGUCUCCACUUGUAUCAGUUCUUUCAGGCACAACUCAAGCAUUAAAGAUAAAUUUUCAGUUACUUUUCCUCUUUUUUAAACGCAGAGGAGGACAAUGGAAACAGUAUCUUACUCUUAUUUAGCUAGCUGUCAAAUCCGUUCUGUCAAAUGCACUCUCUCCAAACGUCAUCUGGCAGCCCGUUCCCAGGUUCAGAGCAGUGGUAAUUUGAUUUUUCACUCUCUCCUGCAGGCUCACUAGAUCCAAAAUUUCCCCCUCUUCUCCUGCUUCCAAGGGGGGGUUUGUAUUUUAAACCGAUGGAAAUUUAAUCCUUUGCCAAAAGCUUUCAAAGACUUUAACUUGUAACGUCUUUGCUUCAGUCUAUUUACAAAAACGGAAGGCGGACUUCCUGUUUAUGACCUCCCACUUCAGUGCCAAAUUAAAGUAUUUAAAAAUCCAAUUUUCCGAUUUACUCACGAGUAGUUGUUUAAAAUCCAAUUGUCCACAGGAAAAAGUCAGCGCUCUCCAGCAACAGCAAUGCGGCUUCACUCCGUGAAAAAAGCAGUCGAUUCAAAGCACCGCACCACUCAUCCCACGUCGCUCCGGAUCCCCAAAACAGGGUUUCCCCGCGAGUAGGGGAGGCGCAAAAGGUGCCAGCCGAGUCCCGGGUUCACAAGCUUCUCCCGCUUGUGAUUUCAAUGGGUCUCCACCUUCGCCGUGGCGGUCAGACCCUGUUUUUCACGGAGCAAGUUCCUCCCAAACGGAGGAGCUCCGCCAUUGCCGGAGGCGCCAACCCGGAAUCCUAGGGACCUGUUCAAACUGAGUGUUGUAUAAAUAGUGGAGAAGACACAUUAAUUGUUCUGAGUCUCAACCCUGUGCUGCGUACAUGUAAACCAGUGUUUCUCAAACUGGUUUUGGACUACAAUUCCUAUCAUCCCUGAUCACUCAUCCUGCUAACUAGGGAUGAUGGGAGUUGUAGUCCAACAACAGCUGAAGUCUGGGAACCCCUGAUGUAAACCAAUGACUCCUCUGGAAUAUAUUUUACACACAAGUUGUUUAACAGUGUGUGAAGCUACAGACGUAUCAAUCUUUUGAAUCAGAAUAGUAUGUGAUGCUAAUUAGCUGAUAUCUCAAAACUUCUGCAAGGCAAUAAGGGACCCUCCUGAAUUUUGAGUUUGAAAGAUUCCCCUAUAAAAACAAUAAACCCAUAGUAGUUCAGGGAUCGUUUUAUACACAUGGUUCCUUUCUCUUCCGUUGAAGCUCUUUUAUUGUAUACAAAAAUGAAGCAUAAUAUAUAUUAACAUAAUACAAUAGGAAUAACAAAACAUAAGAUUGUGUUGUGGGUGACUUAAUGGAAAUGCUGUAGGUGUCGUUACGUGACAGUUCUAAUCGUAUUAGGAAAUUCUACCCAGUAAGGCCUGCACUUCAAAUUCCAUUACGUGAAGGAAUAAGGUUCCCCACCCCCCCAAACGAAAAAUUACUGUACAAAUAUUUGUGUAAAUAAGUGUUUAGGUGUAUUCUUGUCCAUAUAAGUAUCCAGAUGCAUUCUUGAGCAGCACCUGAACAUGACAUCCCCAUGUCUAGUAUUCCUCCUUUCAGAAACACAAGGCCACAUGUUCCCCAUGUACUGAUGCCAUUAUCCUAUGCGUUUUCUGGAUUCCUGUUCCUUGUAAAUUAUCGGGGGGGGGGCCAGGAGAAAACUUAGCACAGGAUUUAUAGCAGGGCUUGGGGAGAAGCAUUGAUCCAUUGGGGUUGUUGGACUCUGGCUCCCAUCAGCCCCCAUCAGUAUGGUCAGUGGCAAGGCCAUCUUAUGCAUAUCCGGCGCCGUGGUGCAAAGAUCCUGCCAGCGCCCUCCCCUUUCCCAGAGCUGACCUUUUUUUAGGGCUGGAGGAGGCGGGCAGCGGCUGGAGGGCGGCUUCACCGGUGGGGAAGAGGCAGAGGCUGGACGCGACACCUCCUGGCUCAGCUGGCCGCUUCGUGCCACGGUGGGCAUGGCAGGCAGCACACUGAGCGAGCGGGCCUGAGCCGAGUGAGAAAUGAGAGCGUCAGCUCGGAUUUUCCCCUUUUAGCCUUCUGGUGCCCCAUAGAAUUUGGUGCCUGCAGGCUAAAAGGGAAAAAACCUAGCCGAUGCUCAGCGGGAGCAGUGCACGCACCCUUGCUCACUCAGCGCGCUCGUUCGGUGUUCCCCAGACUCUCAUCUGGCGCCCUCCAGAACCUGGUGCCACUAGCCUCGAUGGGUAAGAUGGGCCUGGUCAGUGGUCAGGGAUAAUGGAAGCUGAAGCCCAACAACAGCUUCCAUUAUCCCUGACCACUGGCCAUACUGAUGGGGGUGGAGUCCAGUGCUUCCCCACCUCUUCUUAUAGGAUGAUUUUAUUUUAUAUAAUAAGAACAGGCUUGCCACUAUCUUUCCUGAGCCAUGCUUCUCAAGGAAAAAACAGCCUUUAGGAAAAUAGCUAUUGAGUGAUUCUACUCCCUCUAUCUCCUUGCUACUAUGCAGGCUUAUUUCCACUUGAACAUUUCAUUAGUAUGUAUUAUUUGAUGUUAGAAAUAAUGUGCAACAUUUCCUGUAUGCAUUGAUCAGCCCAUUUAAACUAGGUUAUGUUGUCAGCAGAGAGCAGGUACGCUAGGUCCAGCUAUCUGCUCGAUUGGAACAGCUUCAUCCUACCACGUGAAGCAAUCGCAGUCGAUAUUCAGUUCUUUUAUCAAGGAUCUCUCUGUGUCAACCCAGCACAGCCAGGCAUUGACUGGCUUAAGCGAACACGGAUUGCUUUCCUUCUCCCCAUUUUCUAAAUAGUGAAGCUACUGGUCUCUUGCCCAGAAUCUUCAUAGUCCACAGGAAUUUCUUCAUUUGCUGCGCUCUGCUGCCUUCUCCAGUAGCCGCAACGCUUUGCCAUUUUGACCAUGUGCAUUUUGAAAGAGGCUCCCAUAAAAAAAUAAAGGAUGGGGUUCAGGCAGCAGUGGAACAAAGCAAUGCUGUUGGUCACCUGGAAUACGAUAUCGAUGGUUUUGCUCGUGCUGCAGUCUGUAAUCAGCGGGUAGAUAAUGUCGAUGGCUUUCCAAAGCUUGACGAUGUUAUAAGGCAGUUGCGUGACGAUAAAGACCGACACCGCCGCGACAAGAACUUUCAGAGGCCGGCAUUUUUUAUCACUGGGGCUCGAAAUGAGACUCUUGGCCACAGCCGAGUAGCAAACCAGCAUGAUGAGGAAGGGCAGUGCAAAACUCAGCAACAUUUCUGCUAUUUCGAUGGUUACAUUAAUGACGUUCCCCGUGCUUUGAGGAAAUGCGGGAAAACAUGAAAGUCUGUUGUUGAACUCCACGACUGUGUUAAAGACGAGUUCAGGAAUGCAAAGGAACAUGGCGGCUGCCCAGACAAGGAAAGACGUUUUGACGCAUUGGUUGAUGGCCCCUGGUUUAGCUUGGGAUUUGACAAUGGCUUUGUAUCUAUCGACGCUGAUGCAGGCCAGAAAUUGCAUGCUAGCACUGAAGGUCAUUGUGUAGAUAGCGGACGUGAUCUUGCAUAAAGGGAUUCCUAGGACCCACCCGUGGGCGGCACUCGCAGCCCAAAAGGGAAGAGUGCAGAGCAGUAACAAAUCGGCAAUCGCCAAGUUCAUGAUGUAUACAUCCACCCUGGUCUUUAGUUUUCUGAUGUAGGCGAAGAAUGCCACCACUAGGGAAUUCCCAGCGAGCCCAACGAAGAAAACGACAGAGUAGAAUGCCGGUAGGAACGAGGUGAUGAAUGCUCUGACCUCACCUUUGUAGCAAAGCAUUUCGAAGGAAGCGUAGUCGAAAGUAGUGUUCAAUUCAUAAUCAUCAUAGUGGUACCCUUCUGUAGAGAGCUCCAUGGAAGAAUCUGAAAGACAGGGUGGGGUGGAGGGAAGUUAAUUGCACCCAGUGGAUGUUAGUUUUCCAGGAAAUUUUGGAUUGGGGGAAUUUCCUGUACAAAUUAGGAUGAUUUCCAGCUUGCCUCAGAAGAUUUCUUGAUGCCUUACAAUGUGAUUCAAGGAUGAUGAUGAUGAUGAUGAUGAUGAUGAUAUAUUAUUUCUACCCCGCCCAUCUGGCUGGGUUUCCCCAGCCACUCUGGGUGGCUUUCAACAGAACAUUAAAAACAGAAUAAAACAUCAAACAUUAAAAACUUCCCUAAACAGGGCUGCCUUCAGAUGUCUUCUAAAAGUCAGAUAGUUGUUUAUUUCCUUGACCUCUGAUGGGAGGGCGUUCCACAGGGCUGGCACCACCACCGAGAAGGCCCUCUGCCUGGUUCCCUGUAACCUCACUUCUCGCAGGGAGGGAACAGCCAGAAGGCCCUUGGAGGCUGAACGAUGGAGGUAGAGACGCUCCUUCAGGUAUACCUGGCUGAGGCCAUUAAGGCUUCAAAGGUCAGCACCAACACUUUGAAUUGUGUUCGGAAACAUACUGGGAGCCAAUGUAGGUCUUUCAGGACAUGGUCUUGGCGGUCACUCCCAGUCACCAGUCUAGCUGCCGCAUUCUGGAUUAGUUGCAGAAGGGUGUUCGUUUCACUUUUGUUUAGUAAAGGGAGAUAAAUACCUUUUGUUACAUCAGAAAAUGUACUGAGAUCCUAGAGAGUGAUCUAAUUUUACAUGUUUAUUUUACUUUUAUUUCAUAAAGAAAGCUAAAGCAUUUGAAACGGACACACUUGCGUAACAUUAUAUUUUUGCAGCUGGUAUCCAUUCAUUGUUAUGAAUGAACAAUGUGGGGAGGGGAUUUUGCUCCACGUCAUUGGUGGCAUUUGGAAAUAGAUUUUAAAUACUUGAAUCAAAGGCUCCAGACAAACGCUGUAAUCUUCAAUGGCUCUUACCUGCAUGCAGGUCUAAACUAGGCAUUACAAUGAAUAAACACAUGGUUGUGGGUAAACAUAGCACCUCCUCUCCCCCAUUCCAUCCUUACUAUUACAACAGCCUCCAACCAUUAGCAGCCAACUCCUAGGGCCGAGUAGUCUCCCUCCCCCGUAAAAUAUUUGAGGGGGCCGGACCCCUCCAAAGUUAGUGGGCAUUGCCAUUCCAUGCGUCUGUGCACUGCAGCAUGUGAUCGCUUAUGCAGGGUAGGGGUUUAUUUGCCCUCCCCCCCACAUUUUAUUCAAGUUGGCACCCCGGGGAGCCAACGAUGUGAAGUGGGACCAUGUCAUCAGAAAAGCGGUCUCUCAAUUUAGAUGAUAUUAAUUUGUCCCAGUGAGCAAAGACCCAGAAUCACGCCAAAAGAAAAUACAUCAGAAAACUUAUUAAAAGUAAAUGGUAAAAAUUGCAAAUAUGUAGAAUGAAGACAAUGUAAACGAUGCAUUUAUAAACAAUGAUACAAAAUAAACAGUGAGCUAUAUAAAAAAUGAUUGCAGUAUAAUAAUAUAAGCUUACAGCGAGACUAGUCCAGGCAGUAAAGCCCUGCAGCUUUCAAAAUUAAGAUAAGGCAGGAAUGCCAAACCUGCGGCUUUCUUUCAACGGUUUGCCCUUGAAGUUCUUGGUCCAAGUAAUUAAUUUCAGCUGAGUUGGCGGAGGACCCACUUUACUCCUGGGCUGUCCUUUUUGUUUUCCUGAAGCUGCAAAUGAGCAGAUGGAUACAGGAAGUUCUUUUCUUAGAUGUCGGCGGCUAGAUUCCUGAGAGUCUCAAAUUGUUCCUCAGUGCGCCCGUGUGAAAUCUUCCAACAUCUAACUAAUUGUAGCCGGUGGGAUUUCUUUCGCUGAUCGACAAAGAUCCCAAGUAUUAUUUUUUUUAAAGUCGAAAAGUUUUCUCUUGCUCUACCAUGUGUGCCUGGGGAUAUUCCAGCCUCCCACUUUCCUCCAUAAACAGCUAGGUGACUGCUGUGGCUGGUUGGAAUGGCUGGUUUCCAAGACUCUAUAAUACUUUUAACAGUGGUGGGCUUUGUUAUUUUCCCCCUGGCUGCUUUAAAUUUGGAUUCCUGCAUUGCAGGGAGUUGGACUAGACAACCCUUUUCCCUUCCAACACUACAAUUCUAUGAUCAUCUGCCUGUCCCCUAGUAACCCCAUCCUUUUAUCUGUGUGCGUUUUAUCCCCCUUGGCUUCUGUCUUUGGGCAGCACUAGUGCCAUGGGAUGUUUGAGAGCAGGAUUUUAUCUGUACAAAUAAGAGGUUAGAGCACCAGGAGGGCUUCACCCUUCCAGUUGCAGGCAGAGCAAUGGGCACAAAUUUAACGAUCAGUACAGUAGUCUUGCGUCCUUUUUGGGUGCCCUCCAGCUGGGAAGGAUGCAGCAGCUCAUGGCACCCUGUGCCCCCUCCCAAAACUGCACCUGGGGCAACAGCCCCCCUCCCAGCCCCUCCAUGCUACGCCUCUGGGAUCCCGCAAGGAAAAAGGACCGUAAGCCUAGUAGUAGCAGCAGAGCACAUGUUUUGGUCCCAGCUUUAAUUCCCAGCGUCUCUCUCUUGUAAACGCCAGAGAGCCGCGGCUAGGUCACAUCUGUCCUGCACAUCUAGAGCACUCUGAUGCCACCUUAGCAGUCAUGACUCUCCCCCCCCCAAGAAUCCUGGGAGUUGUAGUUCGUUAAGGGUAGUUCGUUAAGGGUGCUGGGAACGGUAGCUCCGCGAGAGUUCUCACAGCAACUCUCAGCACCCUUCGCAAACUGCAGUAUCCGGGAAGCCACUUGAGGGAACACACACACACACACACACACACACACACACACACAGCAAAAGGUCACUACAGACUGUUUUCUAAUCAUUUAUAAAAAUGAUAAAAUGAAAUUGCUGACCUGUUUUCCUCUUUUCAGGAUCUGCUUCAUUGAACUCCUGUGCAAUGCUGUUUUGGUUUCUGACUCACAAUUGUUCUCCAGAACCACCCCGCCUUUUAUUUCCAUUCUAUUUCCUCCGCCCACCCUCAUUUGCCAGCAGCACUUGUGCUUUCCUGGAAAACAUCUGUUUCAGUUGAGCCAAAGGGCAGCUCCGUUUGCUGGCUCAGCGUUGCCUUUUAACCUGAAAGACAGAAAAAACUUUGUUGAAAACCCAGUUAUUGGUGUGGAGUUUCGACAAUGGGAAUAGGAUUGAGGUAGAAGUUUGGUCAGGGUUGCUGAGCAUAUUUUAGCUCAGAUAAGGGCUGCGUAUGCACCAUGCCUUUAAAGCACAUCUCUUUCCCGCCCAGCUCCCCUAAGAAUCCUGCGCACUGAAGUUUGCUGAUGCAGGGCUGAUCAGUGGCAGUAUGGCCUAUAGGGCAGGUAUCUGGCUUUAAAUGGAGGGUGCCCCAUUCCCCUGCUGCAGCACAACUGUCAGGUUAUACUCAACACAGUCUGCUAAAAAUUGUUUGCAUGCCUCAAAACGGUAUUUCAAAAUAUUACGUUUCAUGCAUCCUAACAACCAGACCAACAAGUCAGUUAAGCCAGUUUAAAUCUGGCUGGUUUGUGGAUCAUUUCAGACAGCUGAAUGUGUGGGAUUUCCACCUUAAGCUGCCCUUUCCCGAAUCUGACUGUUGGUCUAUAAAGUCCAGUACAGUCAUAGCUUGGUUUUUGAACAGCCUAGUUCUCAAACGCCUUGAUUCCAAAACGAUCAAAACCUGGAAAUGAGCGUUCUUUUGGAAGCCGAACAUCCAACAGGGCUUCCGCAGCUUUUGAUUGGUUGCAGCAGCUUCCUGCAGCCAAUCAGAAGUCGCGCUUUGGUUUUCGAACAUUUUAGAAAUCAAACGGACUUCUGGAACUGAUUCCGUUCGACUUCUAAGGUAUGACUGUACUGUCUGCUCUGACUGGUGGUUGGGUCUCCAGGUUUUCUUUUUCCAUCAGCUGCUCUUUUUAACUGGGGACAGAAUUUGCUUUCAAGUACAUAGGAAUGUCAUUUCUUGCUAAAUGAGAUGGGAUUAGCAUCACAGCCUUUUAGCCCAAUCCUAAAACUGUUCACUGGGAACUUGCCCAUUUUUUAGGAGCUGGAAACCCAGACUGCAAGUUUGCUAUUGUGAUGGCCAGAGAUAAAAACACAUCUGCAUCCAGGUAAGAAGAAAACCAUGGUAAAAUGUUAAGCCAGGUCUGAAAAUGGGUCCAUCUAACUCGGUGUUGUCUCUGCUAGGAGUUCCCAGACUGUGGUCUGAGAGCUGCGCUGCAACCUGUCUGUGGAUUUGUGGUUGAAGAUGGGAGAUGGCACAUCUAUCACAUUAAAUAUCCAUAUCGAGUUUCAAUUGUAUUUGUAUUGCUACUUUCUUAUAUUCUAUUUUUAUACAAAAGCAGUAUCUCCAAAUGCAAGACAGAUGUUCUUAUGAACAGAGGAAGCUCAAGAAGGGCCAUGGCAUGCAAGAAGAGGCUGUCACCACUGCAAAGUGACCAAGGGGGAAGACCACCUUGUGUCCUUCCUGGCUGGCAUGCUGGGGCAGAAGGUGCUCGAGUCAGUCUUAUGCAAGUGCAUGCAUGCAAUUGUACAAUACCUUGCACGAGCCUUAUCCUCCGGCAUCCGUGCUCACACUGGCUGAACCUGGACCAGUCAGUAGCUAUGGCACUGAACAAGACACCUCACUGCCUUCCCAUCCCUGCCAUAGAAGGCCCAUAGGUUAGUUAUGCUUUGCAUACUUUGCAAGCCAAGAGGUUCGAUCCUUGACAUCUCCGUGAACUGCUGGAAAUCCUGUGGAGCUUUUGCCCAUCAGGCGCUGUGGGUUAAACCACAGAGCCUAGGGCUUGCUGAUCAGAAGGUCGGCAGUUCGAAUCCCCAUGACGGGGUGAGCUCCCGUUGCCCAGUCCCUGCUCCUGCCAACCUAGCAGUUCGAAAGCACAUCAGAGUGCAAGUAGAUAAAUAGGUACCGCUCCGGCAGGAAGGUAAACAGCAUUUCCGUGCACUGCUCUGGUUUCGCCAGAAGCGGCUUAGUCAUGCUGGCCACAUGACCCGGAAGCUGUACGCCGGCUCCCUCGGCCAAUAAAGCGAGAUGAGCGCCGCAACCCCAGAGUUCUCCGUGAUUGGACCUAAUGGUCAGGGGUCCCUUUACAGACCAGAGAGGGGGAACCUUUUUAAGUCUGAGGGACAUAUAUCCUUCUGGGCCACCCUCAGAAAGGGGCCACACUGCGGUAGAGGCGAAAGCAGGCAGAGCAACAAAUGUGCGGGUUACCUUUGUGCAGCAGGCAACACAUUCUCAUGUCCCUCUAUCUUGCCAGAGUUCAAGGACACAUUCCAGUUAGGCAAAAAUAGUGCAAAGCGGGGUCGGUGAGUGGCAGGGCCUCAGGAAAGUUCCAAGGGCCAGAUUGAAAGGUCUGAAGGGCCAGAUUGAGCCUCCAGGUCUGAGCUUCCCUAUUCCUGGUGUAGACAAUACUGGACCAAUGGCAGCUUUCUGUGUCCAUUAAUACUCAGCAGUUUCUGUGUUCAUUAAUACUCAGCUGCUGCUCAAGAGGUAGAGGUAAUAAAGGUUUAGGUGCCAGAUUUCUAGUUUCAGUGCCUCUCUCUCAGGGCUGGAUUUAGGUUUGAUGAGGCCCUAAACUACUGAAGGUAAUGGAACCCUUGAUAUGUCCAGCUGUCCUUGUCAACAACAAGUUGUCACUGUUUUUUGUGUUGAAUAUAUGCUAUAUGGUAAUUUAUGGACCUAAAAGGUAUCUAAAGCCAUUUGCACAUAACAAAAUAUGUAUUAUAUCAAAGUACAUCCAGUUUUAUUUUCCUUUAAAAUUUUUGGGGCCCCCAAGAGAGUGGGGCUCUAAGCUAUAGCUUGUUUAGCUUAUACAUAAAUCAGGUACUGCACUCUCUCUCUCUCAUCUCUUUUUUUUAAAACUCACAGUUAAUUCCCAGCACCACUUUUUUUAUUUUUAGAUAUAAACAGCACAGUAUGAUCAUUGUGCCAAUGGAUACACCGGGUGUCAAACUUAUAAGGCCUCUUUCAGUCUUUGGAUACUGGGGUAAGUUGGUUUGCCAAAUACAUAUGAUCAUCAUUGUCAUCAUCAAGCUCCUUCCAAGCACUUGGAUUUGGUUCCUAGCUCUCAGUGCCCUAACUGGUCUGAGCUAUUGCUUUAAUUCAGGCAUAGGCAAACUUGGCCCUCCAGAUGUUUUGAGACUACAAUUCCCAUAAUCCCUGACCACUGGUCCUGCUAGCUAGAGAUCAUAGGACUUGUAGGCCAAAAACAUCUGGAGGGCCGAGUUUGCCUAUGCCUGCUUUAAUUUAAACCACUAAUUAAAUGGGUGUCCCUUACUCUCUCGCUCUGCAACUGAUGCUCUGUCACUGGAUUGGAGACACUUAAGACUCACAGAAUCGUAGAGUUUGAAGCGACCACAAGGGUCAUCAACCCCCUGCAAUGCAGGACUAUUUUGCACAAUGUGGGACUUGAACCCAGGACCUUUGAUUAAGCUCUACUGACUGAGCUGUCCCAUAGGUCAGGGCUCCCCGUAGCUCAUGGAGCUGCUACUGUUGGGCUGCUAUACUGUGCAUACUGGAUAUAGAAAGGACGAAUCACCACAGGCGCAGAUCCUGCAGCUUUAAAAUAUGUACAUACUGUACAUACUGGUCCGUGGUUCGAAUCCCCACAAUGGGGUGAGCUCCUGCUGCUCUGUCCCAGCUCCUGCCAACCUAGCAGUUCGAAAGCACAUCAAAGUGCAAGUAGAUAAAUAGGUACAGCUCCGGCGGGAAGGUAAACGGCGUUUCCGUGCGCUGCUCUGGUUCGCCAGAAGCGGCUUAGUCAUGCUGGCCACAUGACCUGGAAGCUGUACGCCGGCUCCCUUGGCCAGUAAAGCGAGAUGAGCGCCGCAACCCCAGAGUCGGCCACGACUGGACCUAAUGGUCAGGGGUCCCUUUACCUUUACCUUUAUAUACUGACGCUAGCGAUUUCCCUCAGCUGACACUUGCCUUUGUUCUUUUCACAACUUUAUAGAUUAUUUCAAUGGCGGACAUUUUGAGGUGCAUUUUAACAACGUCCGCGUACCUGCCUCUCAUUUAAUCCUUGGUGAGUCUCAACAUUUCUUUGCUAGAGAAGUUUCUUUAUGUUUGAUGUUUUAUAUAUGCUGUAAGUCGCCCAGAGUUGGUGGGGAAGACCCAGCCAGAUGGGUGGGGUAUAAAUAAUAAAAAGUAUUAUUAUUUAUUAUUACAGAGCUCUGCAAAACUCUGCUGCAACCUCUUCCCACCUGGUGCCCUGUGUAUGUUUUAGGCUCCAACUCUGAUCAGCCCUAGCUAGCCUGGGGUUGGUGGGAGUUCUCAUUCAAAACAUCUGGACAAACUGACCUCGUCUAUGGUCAUUUUUUUUCAUGUUCCCAUGUAUCCCCACUGAAACUUCAGCAGUCUCUCCACUGUUACAUGCUAGCUAUGGAACAACACCACAUUAGUGGUGCAGAUGGAAUCUCGUUCCCAGAAAGGCAAAGAACCUUUCUGUCUCACUCUGUCUCUCUGAACCCAGGAGAAGGAAGAGGAUUUGAAAUCGCGCAAGGAAGACUUGGGCCAGGCCGCAUACAUCAUUGCAUGCGGUCCAUAGGGGCAGCUGAAACUGCUCUGCAGAUCCUGUGCAAGCGUUCAGCCCAGAGGGUGGCAUUUGGGAAGAAGCUCUACCAUCAUGUGAGUUGUCUCUCUACUUCAGUAGGUGUAACUCUUUUCUUAACUCAAAGGUGUGUCAGAUCCAGUGACAGGAGGCGUAGCUAAAGCUUCAGUAGCACGCUAGGAAGCAGAAUGUUUAUGUGCUAGAUAAGAGACAAUUUUGAACUGUCAUGUGCCCCCCGCCAGCCUUCAGAGGUCCUGACCUCUUUUCUGAAGGUUGGCGGGGGCGAAAGUCUUUGUCCCCCCACCUGCCUUCAAAAGCUGUCCAGCCAAGGCUCGCGGACCUCUCCGCAAGCAGCGGCAGCGCUGCCGCUGCUUGCGGAGAGUUGCCGGCAUGCCGAGCCUGCGCGCGCUGAGAUCAGCGCGCCCAGGCUUCGCGGACCUCUCCGCGAGCAGCGGCAGCGCUGCCGCUGCUCGCGGAGAGUUGCCGGCAUGCCGAGCCUGCGCGCGCUGAGAUCAGCGCGCCCAGGCUUCGCGGACCUCUCCGCGAGCAGCGGCAGCGCUGCCGCUGCUCGCGGAGAGCUGCCGGCAUGCCGAGCCUGCGCGCGCUGAGAUCAGCGCGCCCAGGCUUCGCGGACCUCUCCGCGAGCAGCGGCAGCGCUGCCGCUGCUCGCGGAGAGUUGCCGGCAUGCCGAGCCUGCGCGCGCUGAGAUCAGCGCGCCCAGGCUUCGCGGACCUCUCCGCGAGCAGCGGCAGCGCUGCCGCUGCUCGCGGAGAGUUGCCGGCAUGCCGGAGCCUGCGCGCGCUGAGAUCAGCGCGCCCAGGCUUCGCGGACCUCUCCGCGAGCAGCGGCAGCGCCGCACGCUGCUCGCGGAGAGCUGCCGGCAUGCCGAGCCUGCGCGCGCUGAGAUCAGCGCGCCCAGGCUUCGCGGACCUCUCCGCGAGCAGCGGCAGCGCUGCCGCUGCUCGCGGAGAGCUGCCGGCAUGCCGAAGCCUGCGCGCGCUGAGAUCAGCGCGCCCAGGCUUCGCGGACUCUCCGCGAGCAGCGGCAGCGCUGCCGCUGCUCGCGGAGAGUUGCCGGCAUGCCGAGCCUGCGCGCGCUGAGAUCAGCGCGCCCAGGCUUCGCGGACCGGAGAUUUCCCUAUGGGCUUCGCCUUGCGAAGCAAGCCCAUAGGGAAAUUCGUUUUGCGAAGCGCCUCCAAAACGGAAAACCCUUUCGUCUAGCGGGUUUUUCGUCUUGCGAGGCGUUCGUCUUGCGGGGCACCACUGUAGAUGGACCAAUAGUCUGAUGUUGCGCAAGGCGGGUCCCUGUGUUUUCCUGCUGUUCAAAAUAUCUCAUGAACGGAACCACUGGGCAGCAGGGACUGGGAAAAAAUAAAAUAAAAUUGAGAAUACAGGCUUCCUCUCAUUUAUGCAAGGGUCACGGUGCAUGUUACGGGGACACGGGUGGCGCUGUGGGUUAAACCACAGAGCCUAGGAUUUGCCAAUCAGAAGGUCGGUGGUUCGAAUCCCCAUGAUGGGGUGAGCUCCUGUUGCUCGGUCCCUGCUCCUGCCAACUAGCAGUUCGAAAGCAUGUCAAAGUGCAAGUAGAUAAAUAGGUACCACUCCGGCGGGAAGGUAAAUGGCGUUUCCAUGCGCUGCUCUGGUUCGCCAGAAGCGGCUUAGUCAUGCUGGCCACAUGACCCGGAAGCUGUACGCUGGCUCCCUCGGCAAAUAAAGCGAGAUGAGCGCCGCAACCCCAGAGUCGGCCACAACUGGACCUUUACCUUACAUGGUGCAUGUCAGCAGAGCAUGCAUAACACCCCAUUCUGCCCCUGCCCUGCCCUCUUCCGGUGCUGAACAUGGCGUUCCAGUUGCGAUUGCACAUGCAUUGAAUGCGCACAAAAUGGGAGUUGCUUGUAAAGUCUUUCAAAGUCAUUUAGCUCUUAUAGUUUCUAUCACCGUUAGCAAAAAUUGCUAGUUUUAGCAUGCAUCGGUGUACUGUGGUUCACGAGCAUGGUUCUUCAAAUCAGUGACCCAGUGUGGUGUAGUGGUUAAGAACAGUAGACUCGUAAUCUGGGGAACCGGGUUCGUGUCUCCGCUCCUCCACAUGCAGCUGCUGGGUGACCUUGGGCUAGUCACACUUCUUUGAAGUCUCUCAGCCCCACUCACCUCACAGAGUGUUUGUUGUGGGGGAGGAAGGGAAAGGAGAAUGUUAGCUGCUUUGAGACUCCUUCGGGUAGUGAUAAAGCGGGAUAUCAAAUCCAAACACUACUUCUUCUUCUUCAGAUCAUCUUCCAACUGGAGGUAUGUAUUCUGAUACUGUCCAAAACUGCAGAUCUACAUUAAGUAUCCACGUCCAAGUAAGACCACUAGUAGAAGGUUCAGUGAGAUAGGUUGCGUUACUUAAGCGGGGUGCUAAUUUUCACGUUUCUUUGGUUAUCCUUACGACUGCAGGAAGUUGUCGCUCACUGGAUUGCUGAAUGCCGCAUUGCUAUCGAACAGGCAAGACUGCUGACGUUGAAAGCAGCCAGCAAAAUAGAUGCCAUGGGCAACAAAGAAGCCAGAAAAGAGGUAACAGGGCAAGUGCUGGAAGCUGGAGGAAAUAGCAUCCUUGUUAGCAGAUGUGUCUUAAGUCAAGGGUAACUGGGGUGGAGUCCUCCAGAGGUUGUGGACUACAGCUCCCAUCAUCCUUGACCACUGACUAUGCUGCCUUGGGGCUCGUGGGAGAGCACUAUCUUAGCUUUCCUGACCUAGGAAAUAGAAUUCCACCAUCUCUGCCAAUAGCAAAAAAAAAAUCCAUUAUUUCAUACCUGGACAAUCCCACCUGUGUGUACAGUUGUACCUUGAAUCCUGAAUGCCUUGCAAGUCGAACGUUUUGGCUCCUGAAUGCCGCAAACCCAGAAGUGAGUGUUCCGGUUUGCGAACGUUCUUUGGAACCCAAAUGUCUGCUGCGGCUUCUGAUUGGCUGCAGGAACUUCCUGCAGCCAAUCGGAAGCCAUGCCUUGGUUUCCAAACGUUUUGGAAGUUGAACGGAUUCUGUUUGACUUCCGAGGUACGACUGUAUUUUGGCAAAUACAGCAACCUUGUAAUUUUUCUUGGCGAACAUGUCGUGGAUUUAGUGCAAGCAGCCUUGGCUCAGGGGCACAGCAUCUAUUUUGGAUGCAGAAGGUCACCCUGCCUGAAAAGCCCCUGCCAGUCAGUGCAGGAGGACCAGUGGUAUGACUUGUUCCUACACAUGGCAGACCAUUCCAAUAAGACUUAUAGCAACCACCACAGUCUUCCAGCUUUCAAGAAAGCAAACAGAAUUUGAUCAGGAACUGCAUUUUUUGUUUCAAUUCAAUGCUGUUUCAUUACCUUUGUGCCGUUAUCUCCAGGGAGCACCCAAUGGGCUUCAUGGCUGAGUAGAUAUUUCAGCUUGGGUCUCCUGAUCUGAGUCUGACCCUCUAGCUAUGUGCUACAAAGAUCGCUUUGGCUAUUCUUAUUCAACUGUGGCUAUCGACAAGUUCAACUGGAAGAUCACCAAAUUCUCAACAAUCAGUGUUCUUGCUUUAGCUGGCUGGAUUAGAUUGGCUCUGUAUGAUCUGGAUUUUCUCAGAAACAACUUUUAGUAAGCACUCUAGAAAUGACAACCUCCCACUACACCAGCAAGCAUGCUGCCUUUGUCUAUGUUGUCAUGCACCCAGAGUCGUCCUGGCUUUUAGGCAAGUUGCAAAACAGCAAACACAAAUGCUCACAAAUGUGUCCAGUGGCAUGGGGGUGCUUCGCAUGUUUUCUGAAUUGCAAGCCUGCUUGUUGUCAUAGGGUUUCGCUUGUUUGUUCAUGAGGAAAUCUUUUUUAAAAAAGCUUUUCUUCAUCUUUACAGGUUGCAAUGAUCAAAGUGGUGGCCCCCCGAGCAGUCCUUAAAGUGAUUGACUGCGCCAUUCAAGUUUGUGGAGGUGCCGGAGUCUCUCAAGACUUCCCAUUGGCUGAAAUGUAAGUGAAAGUUACUCUUAGGAGAGGCUAAUAUUGUAAGCCAAACACAUCCCACGAGCUGUGUGUGGUGGCUCAGUAGAGGCUCAAAGCUCCUCCUUUAGCUGCCAACACACAGGCGUCGUGUCAAGCUCCUGCACAUAUAGCUCCUGCACAAGCUCCUGUUUGCACAUAAAGCUGAGCCAUAGUUUACUUUAACCAUGGUUUGUUGAACAAACCACAAGUUGUCUUGCAGAUGAGAUAACAAGCCUUGUUUCUCCAAAGCUUGCUCUUGCUUUGGGUCUCAGUUACUUGGAAGCACAUGGGGUAAGGUGGAAGAGGUGAUCCAACAAACCAUGCUUAAUCUAAGCUGUUGGGACUGAAUUAAAAAAUUUCCUUUGCUCACAUUCUAAUCUAAAAAAUUAGGAUUUUUUUUUAAGGUAUAGUAGCUGAGCUUAGUUUUAUCUAAAGAAUGUAUCUAGUGCUCUCUUAUUCAAAAGUUGCUCUGAGAGUAAUAAAAAAUUAAAAUUCACAGUACAAGCUUUUGAGCCAUAAGCGUUAUAUGCAUUUAUGGUCAUUUAAUCCUGGGAAUUUUGCCCUAGCAGAAAUCCAUGUACAGUAUAGUAUCCCACAACUUUUGCAUGGUGGGGUUGGUUGGAUUUGACCUACAAAGUCCUUUCCAAAGCUGAAUCGGUAUAUGGCAUUAUUUUUAUAAACUGCUUGGAGGUGUUUUUGUUUCACAGUCAAGCAGUGUAAAAGUGUUUCUUAAAUAAAAAAAUGAUUCUGCUGAAGAUGCACAUUUUAAAAGCCCCACUGACUGCGCUGAAAGAGCCAAGAUGCUUAUGAGACUUACAGCGGUUUCCAACUUGUUUGCCUCCAGAUGUUCCUGACUACAACUCCCAUCAGUUUUGGCUAGCAUAGUCAGUGGUGAGGGGAGUUGUAGUCUUGCAACAUCUGGAGGGCACCAGCUUAGGCUAGAGUAUGAGGUCUGUAUCAUCAAAAGCUGUCCUUGGUAUGUUAAGAGAAGGUGGGGAGUGACAGAGCAUGAGACUUUUGAUCUCAGGGUUCAUGGGUUUGAGCCUCACAAUUCCCUUCUAACUCAACAAUUCUAUAUAAUUAGAGGUAGAGACCUAAGGUAUAAACCAGCAAGCCUUCCUGUUGUGGUGUUGAAAUGGCCAGACCAUCUGCAACUGCUCUGUCCUCCUGCAGGUUUGCCUACAUCCGGACGUUACGCAUAGCAGACGGGCCCGAUGAAGUUCACCUCUCACUAAUUGCAAGACAAGAGCUGCAGGACCAAGCCAAACACCUGACUGCACAUCUGUAAUAUUUUGCUUGCUUAAAGUCGUGAUGGUACCGCAAUCAUUUAAAGCCAUUCUCUUUCUUUAAAUUAGGCUGAAAGCUUAUGGGGCAGGGGACUGUAGAUUUGACACUGUUCUCAAUUAUGCAUAUUUCUUAAGUAAACUCACUCUUACUAAUUCUACUAGCAACAAUUCUUUUACUGGUCUUUCACUUGAUGAAUAAUGUUCUUGCAGACAAAAUGGCUUCACUCUGAACAGAGGAGAAAUCAAACUUUCUGCUUACGUGUUGGGCCAUCUAAAACCAAGGGGGAAGGUUUAGAAUAGGCCUGCCAUCAGAAUUUUGAUACAAUUUAUGCAACCCACCAACUGCAGGGAAAGGUAAGAUUCCUACUCAAUUGCACAUUGGGUUUUGCCUAAAGCUCCUUCUGUUGUUUUUUUUAAAGCAGGGGUGGGACAUUUAUUCAGCCCCAAGAGAUGCAUUCCCACCAGUGUUUCUCAAACGGGAGUCCCCAGCUGCUGUUGGACUACAACUCCCAUCAUCCCUAGCUAGCAGGACCAGUGGUCAGGGAUGAUGGGAAUUGUAGUCAAGUAACAUUUUGUGCACCAUCUAAGAUGCAGGUUUGGUUCUCUCGCCCUCAAAAUAGAUUUCAGGUACCUCAUCCCAGAACCCUCAUUUUCUUUCCAGCCUUACAAAGGAAUAGAACAGCAGAAGUACAAGUCUGUCACAUUAACAGUUCAGUUCCCUUUAUUUUUUAAAAUUUUAUGUACAUACGAAUGAUCUGUAUAAUGUACAUUCAAUAUAGAAAGUUUUAUAUACUGGAUAAUGUAUAGAACAUAUCACAAUUACACUAUGCUUUUUAUAU